UGGGUUUUAAACCCCAACCUUAAAACCCUAAACAUCGACGAAAUCCUGCAACAUCACCUGCAUUGAACGCUUGACCUUUUCUGGUCUUGCCAUGGCCUCUUCCUGUAGCAGAUUCAUCAGAAGAACAGCUCUUUCGCCCCUAAAAUCCGCGGUUAAAUCGAAAAUUCGAUCACCUUCGUUUGAUGGGUCUGCAACGGCAUCAUCUACAAGAGUCCCUCUUUCAAGCCGAUCCAAUUGCACAGCUCCUAGUUGUCGGUUCUCCUUGUUGAACAGAUCGCCAUCGGAACUUGGAUGCGCGCAAUCUUUAUUGCCUCUCCACAGCGCUGUCGCCGUUUCGAGGCUUACUUCAUGUCUGAGCUCGAACUCGAGGAGCUGCCGCUCUCUCUCACAGGAGCUCGGUCUAUCCGUUCCAAGGUGACAGUGUAAGCAGAUCAACAUUUUGGCAACAUUUAUAUUCUUGCAUUCAGAGACGCAACCUGUUGUACUUCUUACUCAAUGAUAUUUGCUUUGGAAAUUAUACAGAGCACUGAAAAUGCUUUUGAUUUUUCCCAACUGAGAUUAAAUUUUGAUUUUUCCCAA